GUUUUCUGUGAAGUGAAUAAUCCAAAAGUUAAAACUAUGGUGGUGGCAUUGUGGGAAUUAUCAAAUACUCCGUAUUUCUUAAUUUUUAUCAGAAACUUUCACUAGUUUCUUCUUGUUAUUAUCAACAAAAACCCACUCAAGAUUAGCAUAAUCUUUUAAUCUGUUAAAAGGGGAAAUUUUGAGUGGAAAAAAAAAAUGGAAACAGGUUCGCAAGACCAGGGAUUUUCUCAUUCUUUGGUGGAUGAUAAAUCUAUGACAGAAAUGGGUUCUGGGGAUUACGGAUGCUCGCAUUAUAGAAGGAGAUGCAAAAUUAGAGCACCUUGUUGUGAUGAGAUCUUUGAUUGCAGGCAUUGCCACAAUGACUCAAAGAAUUCUUUAGAAGUUGAUCCACUAAAACGGCAUGAUGUUCCUCGCCAUGAUAUAAAAAAGGUCAUUUGCUCAUUAUGUAACACAGAACAAGAUGUUCAACAAACGUGCAUUCAUUGUGGGGUUUGUAUGGGGAAGUACUAUUGCUCAAAAUGCAACUUCUUUGAUGACGAUGUUUCCAAGGAUCAAUACCACUGUGAUAAAUGUGGAAUAUGCAGAACUGGUGGCAACAAUAAUUUCUUUCACUGCAACAGAUGCGAGUGCUGCUAUUCGAAUCUGAUGAAGGAAUCACAUAUAUGUGUAGAAAGAGCAAUGCACCAUAAUUGUGCUGUUUGCUUCGAGUAUGUUUUUGACGCGACUAAAAGCAUUACUGUCUUGCCUUGCGGUCACACCAUGCAUCUGGAAUGUGUGAUGCAGAUGCAACAGCAUUCCCAGUAUUCUUGUCCAGUUUGCUCAAGAUCAUAUUGUGAUAUGUCUCGUGUUUGGGAAAAACUAGACCAGGAGGUUGCAUCAACACCUAUGCUUGAAAUGUAUCAAAACAAGAUGGUUUGGAUCCUUUGCAAUGACUGUGGGAAAACAUCGGAGGUUAUUUUCCAUGUCGUUGCACUUAAGUGCCCUAGCUGUAAAUCUUACAACACUAGGCAGACAAGAGGAGGCCCUAGUUCAUACUCAUCUAGAGUUGAAGAAAUGGUUAGAUGAGGUUUAAGGUUCUUAAUUGAGACCUCGGAGCCAAUCACAUUCGUUUUCACGUUGCUGUUGUCAAAUUUCAACCAUCAAUCGCUGAAACAACGUUCAAGGCAACAUUAUUUGGGGUAUUUUACCUUCAUUUUCACCCAACCACCAAAGCAUUAUUGGCAGGAAGGAUUAAUAUGGCAGUUGCAGGAUGUUGUUAGCUACCACAGGAGUUUCGGAGCAUCCUUUCCUUUAUUUUCAAGUAAUAUUUCUUCACAUGUGAAAAGUUUACUUAAUCUGAUCCGGAGAUUGUAAUGUAAGUCUCGGAGCAUGCUGUCUCGAUAUGAUAUUAGCUGCUUUUUUUUAAUUAACAACAUCUCCAGAAAGCUUUUCUGGUGAACCUUGUCAUCUGGUCCUAGUGUUAUGAAAGCAUAUGUGACAGAUACUGCUAGAGGAAAUACUGGAGACUUAACUGAUUUAGCUGCAGACUUUGUGGAUCUUUUGGCUUUACCCUGUUCGACAACAAUAACGACGAAUCAGUCCCAAACAAAUGGGGAAAGUUGAUGUGUAUUGAAAUGGUAUACAAUUGCUAUGGGAUGUGGAAUGUUCUUUUGCUAGUGUUGCUCAUUAGGCUGGUAAAAUUCACAAACACUAUUUUUCAACCCCUGCAGUUAAAAUUAACCAUUAUCAUGGACUCAAAUUCGGUAAGUGAAGCUCCAGGACAUUAUAAUGGAGUUGCACCUUGGAAUUUGGAACUCCACGGCAAUUAUUGUUUUUCGAAGACAGGACCGAAAACUAUAAGGUGGUCUGUGAAUGCUAUUUGUACUCAUUGGGAUAUUUGAUUCUUUGGCCCAACAAGGCAACAACA